AUGUUUCUUUGCCAACUGCUCAGCUUUUUCUUCGUGGCCUCCAAAAAGGAGGACAAGGACGAGGACUCUCAACAUGACCUUUCUCUUUACAAGCGCGGCGAUUUAUUAGAAGUCCCCAGGACCUUAUUCACGCACUUUGGCAUCUACCUGGGCGACGACCGCGUGGCUCACCUCAUCCCGGACAUCCUGCCCGUGAUUUCCAAGAACAAACCCGCGAUCGCAAAGAUGAUAACGAACAACCGGCUCCUGCUGGGGGUCCUCGCCAAGGUCGCCAGCGUCAGAGUGGACUCGGUGGCCGAUUUCGCGUACGGCUCGGAGAUUCUCAUCAACCACAUGGACAAAGUGUGCAGCCGGCCUCCGUUGGACGGGGACGAGGUGGCCAGAAGGGCGGAGACAUUCGUGGGUUCAGUCACGUACAGCUUACUGUGGUACAACUGCGAGCACUAUGUCAUGUACUGCAGAUACGGCAUGGCCAUCAGCUACCAGACGUACCAGUUCUGCACAACAGUGCGGAAGAUCGUGUGCAGCCGGAUGAGCGCCUACCUGACUGCACUGUGCGGCGUGGGAGCCGCGCUGUGUGCGGGCUGCGUGACGUCACUGACGGUGUUCCUGCUCAUCUCCUUCAUCAUCUGGAUGGCCGCCUGA